AUGACGGGGUACUACUCCGUGGCAGUAGGAAUGCUUUUUGUGAUCGCUGGGUUCUUUGGACUGUUUGCGUCGGGAUGGCGAGGAUACACGUCGUCCCUUCUCUUUGCUGCCGUCAUCACAUUAGCUAGCAUAGCAGCGGUCGGGUUGAAUGUUGUUGGGUUAUUGUUACCACAGUACACCUUCUUGUUAGACGAAAAGGAAGACGCGCUCGACCUCUUUGGGUUCAGCCUCGAGCCAAGCAACAUAUGGUUUGGGGUGGGCAUGUUCUAUCUGACAAUCGUCUACAUCCCCCUUGUGAGUAUUGCAAUUUGCAACGCGUGCACAAUCAGCAAAGUGAUUGAACGCAACCAAAGAAGAAUCAAAAAGAUGGAGGAUAAAAAGAAGAGAAAGGACGGCUUCUUUGUGUACAGGGGAAACACUCUCAAAAACAGAAUUAGACCCGAGGAAUUUGGGAAAAUCAGAGAAGAACUUAACAAGGCUGUACACGCAGCACAGCCUUGCUCGCCAGUCAAAGACGUCAAAAUUGAGGUGGAGUAA